UGAAAAUGCGAUUUAAAAAUUAUUUGAAAUUAUUAAACUUUUAUUGUUUUUUAAUUUUGAUAAUUAUUUUCGGUGCAAAUUUGUCGGUUAAUGCUGUUCAUCUUCAUUUAGGAAGAAGCCAUGAUGGCUAUCAAAAAUUGGAAAAAGUGGAAGACAUAGUUGGGGAUGAGGCUCAAGAGAUCUUGAAGAUACAUGCUGAGAAUAAUAUUAAAAAAAAGAUUGGAGAGUUAAAAGAGGAAGCAGAAGAAGCUGGAAAUUUGGAGAAAUUUACGAAAGAAUUACUUCCUGCUAUUGAAAUUCUAACUGAUAUUGGCAAAAUACCAAAGUAUAUUGCUGAAAUUAAAGAGAUAAAUAAAUUAGACGAGAAAAUCCCAACAUUCUUUAAAAAUAAAUUAAAUUUUGAAAUGUUUGUAGAUUAUUUCAAUCAACAAUACCUGAUGAUAAAAACCGAUUCAAAAAAGAAGUUUUCGAAGACAAUGAAGGAAAAGUUUGAGGUUCUGUUUAGAGAAAUUUUGAUGCUUUUUAGCCAAAAAUUAACCGCUUUUGAAUUAACCGCUUUUGAAACCAAGAAACUGGAAAUUUUUGAAAAAGAGAAAUUUUUAAGAAAUUCCCAUUAA